UCCAUUUCCCUUCCGUCCCCUCCCCGGCAGGGCGUGCUCCACUCCGAGGCAGGAUCCGUCUGGUUCCCCGCCUUCCAGUCCGAAAAUCCCGCCAAGGGAGCCGCAGAGCAGAGGAAAAGCCAAAGUGGGGAGAGGGGAAGAAAGAGACCAGUGAGCCACCGUGCGUGCCGGCGGCGGGGAACAGGCGCGGCCGCGAGCAGCAGUGACUCGGGUACCUGGACUCCGGGCAGAAAGCCUCGCCCCGACCAACAAAGGCAGCCUGAGCGCACGCGGCUCGUUUGCGACUCCAAAAUGCAGACUCAACAGUACCUGCAGCAGCGUCGGAAAUUUGCAGCUGCCUUCCUGGCAUUUAUCUUCAUUUUAGCAGCUGUGGAUACUGCUGAAGCAGGAAAGAAAGAGAAACCAGAAAAGAAAGUGAAGAAGUCUGACUGUGGAGAAUGGCAGUGGAGUGUGUGUGUGCCCACCAGUGGGGACUGUGGGCUGGGCACCCGGGAGGGCACCCGGACCGGAGUUGAGUGUAAACAAACCAUGAAGACCCAGAGAUGUAAGAUCCCCUGCAACUGGAAAAAGCAAUUUGGAGCGGAGUGCAAAUACCAGUUCCAGGCCUGGGGAGAAUGUGAUCUGAAUACGGCCUUGAAGACCAGAACUGGAAGCCUGAAGCGAGCCCUCCACAACGCUGACUGUCAGAAGACAGUCACCAUCUCCAAGCCCUGUGGCAAACUGACUAAGCCCAAACCUCAAGCAGAAUCUAAGAAGAAGAAAAAGGAAGGCAAGAAACAGGAGAAGAUGCUGGACUAAAAGACGCCACCUUCCGUGGACCAUGAAAAGGACAUCAGCAAACAGGAUCAGUUAACUAUUGCAUUUAUAUCUACCGUAGGCUUUUUAUUCAAAAAUUAUCUAUAGCUUAAGUACACAAUAGGCAGAAACAAAAAGAAAAGAAAAAUUUUGUAGUAGCUUUUUUUAAAAUGUAUACCAUAGUACAACUAGGGCUUAUAAUAAAGGACUAUAAUCCUAUCUAGAAGGUUGACUUAUAGUACAUGAUAAGUGAUAGAAAACUGAGGUAAGUUUUUUGAAGUUAUGUGAUAUUUUACAUUUUAAAUCUUUUUUUACAUUUUUUUUUCUUUUGGCAGCAAUUUCAAUGUUAUGACCAUGUAAACUACUUCUCUUGUUAGGUAAUUUUUUCACCUAGACUUUUUUUUCCCAAUUGAGAAAAAUGUCUACUAAACAAAGCAGCAAUAAAAUAUGAUCAUCCUAUAUGAGGAAAAUAUCUUUUUUUCUGCCAAUGGAUUUAAAAAAAAAUUUAGUCAGCAAAAUGAGGGGAGCGGGGUCAGAGCAUGUCCUAGUUCAAUGUUGACUUGUUUAAAAAGAAAAGCAUUAAAACAUGAAAUUAUUUUGCUUUGGCAGAAAUAUUUGUUUUCUUGAUGAAAUUAUUUUUCCAUCUGAGGAAAAAAAAAAGACUAGGAAAAUAAAUCAAGGUGAUGCUGAAAAAAAGAUGCUUUUGUGUGC